GCCGUCGUCUUCAGAGUCCAGCCCUCCCUCCCUUUCUGUCCUCUUCCCCGCCCGCCCCGCACCUUGCUGCGGCCACAUUCUUUUCUACCGACAUUCCUUCUAUUCACGACGCAGAAAGCACAUAUCUAACAUGACUGGUUCCCAACAUUUCAAGGUUGGCAGAGUCGGCCAUGCCGGAUCCCACUAUAACAAGGUGCAGAAGCAGAAACGAGACACAUGCUCGAGCGGCGGUUUCUACAAGUCUCCGUCGGGAGGCGACACCAUCGACGUCUCGAGCAGCGACAAGUUCAACAUGACGUGGGACACGUCCUGCCUCAACAGCACCGCAGUCGACAUCUACCUCUACGCCCCCGGCUCCACCUCGUCCCUGCUGCACGUCUGGGAGAAGGUCAACUUCAAGAACGGCAACUACGACGCGGAGCUGAAGCCCAAGUGGUGGAAUGCGACGAGCUCGGUCAAGCUGCAGCUCGCGAUCGUCAACUCGGGUGACCCGCCGUUCCUGGCGACCAUGCCCGCCGGACCCAUCUUCAGCGCCAAGUACAUUUCGCCCUCGAGUGGGUCGACGCCCGCGUUUGCGGAUACGUCCGCGCUCGAGAACACGGUGGAGGUGGUGAACAACUUUGAUACGCCGCACCAUGGCCCGUCGAAGGGCGGCAUCGCGGCCGCGGUGAUCUUCCCGCUCCUCGUCGUUGCGCUCGGCGUCGCCGCGUACAUCAAGUUCAGCCGCGAACGCGGCAAGGAGAAACGCAAGCGCUGGAGCGAGGCGGUCGACAAGCGCAUGUCCACGAUCUCGACCGACUGGAAGUCCAUCUCCGCCGCGGGCGCGACUGCCGCCAUCAGGAACAGCAUCGCGGUCAACAACCGCGCCUCGUCGUUCUCUUUUGGUGGCGGGCAGGCGGGCGUCGGCGCGCAGGGCCUCUACACGCACGAAAACGCGCCGUUGGGCGAGGAUGGUGUGCCUCAGAUGAGUCAGCUGCGUCCCGGCGUGCGGGCGAGUGCGUAUACUAGCGAGCGGGUCUCCCGUGUUUCGUUCGCCGCCGACACCCGUCCCUCUGGUGAGCACUCUCGUCGGAGCCUGGCUACCAGCCGGGCAUUUCACAGCAGCUUCGUACCUCCCGUGCCCCAGCGCACGGAUACUGGUAUGACUGCGGAUUCUGAGCCCCUUUCGCCUACCCAGAAGGCGGGUCCUAUGGACCUCACCGCGGAUGAGAUCGAGGCCCGAAUUAGCGGAGGUGGUGCUGCCCCUCGUCCCAGUGUUGAUGUACUCCCGGCCCUUUCCAUGAUGCGCACUGGUGCGAAUGCCGAUGGGGACAAUGACUACAUCCUGAGCCCUACUUCUCAGGCCGCCGAGUUGCCCACUCCGCCUACUCCGUCGUACUUGCCGCCCAAGUCUCCUAUCAUGGGAGCCAUGCCUAUGCAACCCAUGCCCGCCAGCGUCAUGUCCCCCGAUGAGAUGCUUCGUGCUUACGCCGAGUCGCGCAAGGCUGGUAACGGUACCCCUUCUCUCCCUGGGUCUCCUGCUCCGGCCUUCCCGACUCCCAGUUACAACGGAAGCGGUAUGAGGACGCUCUACAGCCCGCCUGCUACCCCUGCGACGUCGCAGCCACUCAUGGCCCAGUUCAGCGGCGAGACCAACCCGUUCAGGAUCAGCAUGGCCGUGGCAUCAGAGCACAGCAAGACGAGCCUAGAGGGCCGUCACUCGCAUGAACAGGAUGGCGAGGGUUCCUAUGAUAUGGGUUCCGCACGCUAGACUGCUUGAGCUAAGCAGUGGUAUAUCGGUCGCUGCUUCGGUGUACAGCGAAACCCGUCCGCCCAAGUGGUGGUAGACUCCUUCUCUCGUUCUGGUUCCAGGAUGCGUAUGACGGCCUUGGCGUUCUGCCGACGUACGCUAGUGUGCGUUACUCUGUUGCUCUAUAUACCUUCUCACUAUACUCUCCCCUUGUAGUUCCACUCGCCCCGUGUCCGCCUUGUGGUUGUACCUUAUCUAUACUCUAUCCUAUCCUUCUUGGUAUCCUUCUCCAUCAUCUUCAUCGACUUCCUAUUAUUCUUCUCGAUGAGGAUACCCUGCGUUGACUGGUCACUGUGGGGCAGGUCUUACAGUUCUAAUAUACCCAAUAGUGGUGUCGUAUCUCAUUGUGAUUCAAAUGUGUAUGUUUCUUGGUGUUGACGUCCAGUGAGUCAAGACGUGUCUUUGUCGGCG